GUUACAAGCAGAAGGACUGGGCAUUAUUAUCCUUAAAACAAUCGAAGUGCCGUGAAUAUAUUUUUUGGUAUUGGAUCUGAGGUGUUUGGAUUUUGAUCACAGCUUUUUUCCCCCCUCUUGCUCAUGACAAUGGAGCACAAACUAAGAGCAUUUGUGCUGCUGGAGAUACUGCUUUGUUUACUCUUGACCUACGGACAGUCUAGUGUAAAUUGCAAAAAAGGAACCAAAGAUUCUCUGACUGACACCAGCCAUCAUCCUCAGGACAAUCAGAGUGAUCAGAUGCAGAGAGCUGUGGUACUGGAGCAUCGAAGAGUUCCUCGAGAUGUAAAUGAUAGACUACAGAAGCUAGAGAUAAGGGUGGGGGAGAUGGCUCGCGUGCUGGAUAUGGUCAGAGCUCAGACUGACAAACUGUUGAUGCUGGAGAAUAGGAUGGACGAGCUGGCACGUAAGCUGAACAUGGCCACUAGAAAUGAUAGCCUGCAACAUCUGGAGGAUAUAUCAAGAGAGCUGGAUCGCAUGCAGAAAACAAUCAACACUCAGACUGACAAACUGUCGAGGCUGGAGAAUAGGAUGGACGAGCUGGCACGUACACUGAAUGUGGCCAUUAAAAAUGAUAGCCUGCAACAUCUGGAGCAUCUAUCAAGAGAGCUGGAUCGUAUGCAGAAAACCGUCAAAGCUCAGACUGACAACCUGUUGAGGCUGGAGAAUAGGAUGGACGAGCUGGCACGUACACUGAACAUGGCCAUUAAAAAUGAUAGCCUGCAACAUCUGGAGCAUAUAUCAAGAGAGCUGGAUCGUAUGCAGAAAACCGUCAAAGCUCAGACUGACAAACUGUUGAGGCUGGAGAAUAGGAUGGACGAGCUGGCACGUAAGCUGAACAUGGCCACUAGAAAUGAUAGCCUGCAACAUCUGGAGGAUAUAUCAAGAGAGCUGGAUCGCAUGCAGAAAACAAUCAACACUCAGACUGACAACCUGUUGAGGCUGGAGAAUAGGAUGGACGAGCUGGCACGUACACUGAACAUGGCCAUUAAAAAUGAUAGCCUGCAACAUCUGGAGCAUAUAUCAAGAGAGCUGGAUCGUAUGCAGAAAACCGUCAAAGCUCAGGUAAAGAUUGCACUUAGUCUAAGAUUUUUCACAAAUAAAUAA